GCGGGCUGGAGGCGGUACGGCUGUCAAUUUCGCUCCCGUAUUCUCCCCAAAAGUCCUCACUGUCGCGCUCCGUGGAGUCAAAGGAGAUGGUGGAAGCUUCUCGGUGUCUCGGCGAUGCUCUCCGCUGUGACAGGUGUGUCUUUCUGGCUGUUUAGUUUGACGCCACCUGCCUAGCAACUUCAGUCUCUCCUGCACUUUCACAUCGAUGUCUGCUGGAAGGAGAAACAGCGGAUUCAGCGAGACUCCUUCGCUCAAACUACUAUCAAACAGUUCCCUUCUACAUUUGCAUCAUCUCGGAGGCGAAUUCUGAGCGUCUAAAGUCGCCCCUGUGCCUUGAAUCACCCGAAGCGAGGAGACUUGUUGCGCGUCUCCGGUGAGCGCACUCACUUUCCAUCCGAGUCGAGUCUCUACCUGCUUCUUCUUGAGAUUUCGACAUCGGACAUACAAAGUGGACGUCAUUUCAGACCAAGCUCGACGAAGCUGAUCCACGCAGCACAUUUUGGAAUGCGACCAGCAGCCAAGUUCAUUUUCCUUUAAAUGGAAUUCCUAAACAGGGAACUUUUUGUUUAGUGAGACUUCACCUUCACGUGUUUCUUAAAAAAAACCACCAACAUUUCUGAUGCUCGACAUGUCUGAGAAAGACGAAUAUGGAGACGGACUCUGCAGCGACGGGGCUCCAGACUUCAUUCCACCUCGAGCUUCUCGUGGCCGGCGAAGCGGUGUCAUCCUCCCCGGUGGCGGUCAGGACGCCGACACGAUCCUCCUGGAGUCCGUGAAGGCAGCACCGCGCCGCAGCAGCAUCAUUAAGGACCCCUCAGUGCAGAAGGUUGGCGGAGGCAGAAAGAAGACAGUGUCCUUCAGCAGCAUGCCCUCAGAGAAAAAGGUGAGCAGUUCAGCAGACUGCCUGGCAUUCAUGCAGGGUGGAUGUGAGCUGAAAAAGGUCCGUCCAAACUCCAGGGUCUACUGUCGCUUCUACAUGCUGGAACCUGACUUAAGCUGCCUUCGCUGGGAGCCGUCCAAAAAGGACGGAGACCGAGCCCGUUUAGACGUCAGCAGCAUCCGAGAGGUCCGUACCGGGAAGAGCACUGAAACCUUCAUACAUAACGGACCUCUUUCAGAACAACUCGCUGAAGAGGCUGCUUUCUCCAUCAUACAUGGAGAUGACUACCAGUCGCUGGACUUGGUUGCGCUGUCCGCAGACGUGGCCAACAUUUGGGUUACCGGCCUCCGUUACCUCCUGGCCCACCCAUCUGUCAUUGGUGGGGCCGGGGUAGGAGGAGGACAGGGCCUGGGUGAGAGCCCUGCAGUUGACGGAAGCCUGGGCAGUAAGAUGAGGACCGAGUGGCUUGCCUCUGAAUUCGCUAAGGUGGAUGAAGAUGGAUACGGCAUUGUCUCAGAGGACGUGGCCGUAGCUACCAUCUGUAAGCUGUGUCCUGGCAUCAAGGAAGCAAAGGUACGUCUACGUUUCAAGGAGGUCCAGCGAAGUAAGGAGAAACUGACCUCGCACGUGACUCGCGAGGAGUUCCAGGAGGCAUACUGCGAGCUCUGCACCCGCCCAGACGUCUACUUCUUGUUGGUGCAACUGUCUAAAGAUCGAGAGUGUUUGGACCCUCAAGACCUUCGUCUGUUUCUGGAGACGGAACAGGGUCUGUCUCUUGCCACGACUGACGGCUGCUUGGAGCUGCUGAGGCGCUAUGAGCCGUCGGCGCAGGGGAGAGAGCGAGGACUGUUGGGUCUGGAUGGAUUCGCUCGCUACCUGCAGUCCACCGAGUGUCAGCUGCUUGAUCCAGAGCAUUUGGGUGUUUGUCAAGAUAUGAACAUGCCUCUGUCUCACUACUUCAUCAGCACCUCAUACAGGUCCUACCUCCUGGAUGACCAGGUCCAUGGAAGGGCUGACCUUGGUGGGCUUAUUAAGGCGCUACAGUCUGGCUGCCGGUGCCUGGAGCUUGGAGUGACCGAUGGCCCUGAGGGAGAGCCUCUCCUGGGGGUCGACUAUGGGCCAGAAAUUCCCCGCCACCACCAUCACCACCAUCACCACAACCAUGCUCCCGUCACCAUUCGCUCUGCUCUGGAGGUGGUCAACAAGUAUGCUUUCCUGACCUCUCAGUACCCACUUUUGAUCUACUUGUGCCAGCGGUGCUCCCCCGCCCAGCAGCGUACCAUGGCACAGCACCUGAAGAAAGUCCUUGGCUCCCGUCUUUAUACUCCAGAAUCUCUGCCUGUCUGCCUGGGUGGACGGGCCACGACACUUCCCUCACCUGAACAGCUGAAGGGACGAAUCCUGUUAGUGGGGAAGAAGCUUCCUCCUGAUCAUGACGAUUCUGACGGGGAUGUAUCAGAGGAGGAUGAAGAAAUAGGGGGUGGGGGACCUUUGGCUGGGCGGCGAAUGACUAUACCGGGUGAAGAGGAGUUGGGUGUGGUCUUGGUGGUGCCGCCCCCUUCUCAGCCCAGAAAGCUCCGUCUUCACAAAGAUCUGUCAGACCUAGUGGCUAUUGCUCGUACUGGAAGUCGCAAUUUCUACGCACAAAGAGCCAGUCAGAAGCAGAUCUUGCAGCAGUCUCCACCUAGCAGCCCCUCCUCUCCCGGCACCCCCGUCCCUCCAGAGUCCCCCUACUGGACACUCUGCUCCCUUGGUGAAGGCGAGGCUGGGCGGCUGACUAGUGAAAGCCCAGAGGACCUUGUUAUGUUCACAAAGCGCACCCUGACAAGGGUGCGACCCAGCUCUGUGCGUCUGGACUCAAGCAACCCAAACCCGCAAGGAUACUGGAAAGGUGGGGUCCAGCUUGUGGCCUUAAACCAGCAGACCCCUGGUGCCAUGUUGGACCUUCACAAAGGUCGCUUCUCGCAAAAUGGGGGUUGUGGCUAUGUUCUACGACCCGCUGUGAUGAGGGAUGAGGUGUCGUAUUUCAGUGCCCACACCCAGGGUUGUGUCCCCGGUGUGCCCCCUCAGACUCUAAGGAUUAAGGUCAUCAGUGCCCAUAACCUGCCCAAACCACAGGGAUCGGGAGCGAAGGGAGAGGUGAUUGACCCAUAUGUAGUUCUUGAACUUCACGGUGUCCCGGCUGAUUGUGCUGAGCAACGGACGCGGACUGCUGCUCAGAACCAGGAUGACCCACUGUUUGAUGAGACCUUCGAGUUCCAAGUGAACAUGCCGGAGCUCGCCCUGCUGCGCUUCGUAGUCCUAGACGACGACUACAUCGGGGAUGACUUCAUCGGCCAGUACAGCGUUGCCUUCGAGUGCCUUCAGCCCGGUUACCGCAACGUUCCCUUGCUGGGCAUCGGGGGGGAACCUCUUCCCCAUGCCAGCCUGUUCGUCCACGUGGCCGUCACUAACCGAAGAGGCGGCGGCAAAGCCCACCGCAGGGGUCUGUCGGUGAGACGGGUGGGCCGACGAGGGCGAGAGUACGUGACCCUGAGGCAGACCGGUAUCAAGGUGGUGGAUGAGGCUUUCAAACCUGCCAGUGGACCACUGAAGGAGGUGAUGGACCUGCGAGAGGACGCUCAGGGCACUGCUGCCAGCUUCAAAGAGCAGUGUGGGCUCCCCACAGUGGCCAAACUCAAGCAGUGCAUCCAGAGCCUGGCCACCAGACUGCAGACCCCUGAAGGCGGCAUGGGGGCCAUGAUGACGCUGAAAGACGGAUACCCCUACCUGGAGCCUCUGAUGACCCUGUCAGACACGACCAGGAAGCUGCUCGCUGCCUAUGACACGAUGAUCACUGCCCAGAAACAGCUGAUCGAAAACGCGGAUGGUGUUCAGGAGAGAAUUGCACAGGUGCAGAGAGAAGGUAUGGACCUCCAUGAAGAUCUUUCUCGUCUGGCGGAGAAAGAGGGACUGAAAGGACGAAAGCUCAACAAAGCUGUGGAAGCUUUCACGUGGAAUAUCACCGUGUUGAAGGGUCAGAGUGAUCUGUUACGAGGGGCCAAGAUGGAUUCCCUGGACGCCCUGAGGCAGCUGGCUCUAGCCUGCGAGGCCUGCGGACUCACCUGCUCUACCUCCUCCUCCAACUCCUCCUCCUCCACCUUCUCCACUGCCGAACUCCACUACACCUCCCACCCUCUGACCGCUCGCCGAGGCAGCGUGCACGGCAACGGGCGCAUCUGACAGCCCGCUGCCAAAAAUGUACAGGGAGCGGACAGAGAGUAAUUACAGAGGAGAUGAGGAGAUACGAGGGAGACAGAGGUGUAAAAAGCCUGUGAGGAUUUCCUCCCUGGCACAGAGUUUCCCUUUAUCCAGCAGCACAGUGAGUCCAGAGCAGAACAGAAUAUCUGUUUAAGCCUUAGCUGACAUGAACACUAUAUCUCAGACUGCAGAAAAACACUUUUCAUGAAUGUUGUUGAAGUACUCAGAAGGUACUUUUUCCUGAGUUGAUUUCCAAGGGAACACGCCAGACAGCUCCGUGGGGUUCCUUCACAGAACAGGCUGAAUAAUUGGUGACAAAGAUGCUGCCACACGGUUGAUAUUUCUGGAGUUUCAACUACCAUGAAGUGAAUGUAACUUGUGUGUCUAUGUCCUUCCUUCACUGCCAAAACAAACACUUGACUAACCUUCACCCAUUUCAUGAACACUUGAUUCACCCAUGACAGUUAUGCUCAACUUUACCCUUCCAUCUAGCGUUCAGCGCUCUGAUGUAGUGACGUUGCAUACAAGGUGGCGCUAAACUUGGAGAGGGAAAGAGCAUGCCUGCACUUGACACAAAAUUUGUGGUUCCAGGUCACAGUCUUUUAGUGUCGCACUGCUGAACGAAUCUAGCUGUAGGUGAAAGUAAACUUGGUGUCCUCCCUCAGUCCAAAAAUGUCGGAAAGUCUUUCUUUUGAGGGUUAUCUGUAAAUAUAGUAAUAAAUAUAGAUGAGUCAAGGAUGUCCCAUUAAUUAAAAAAAAAGAUGGACUUCUUGAGUUCCUAGAUCGCUGGCUAUCUCUGACCGAAGUAAUGUGGCUGUUUUGGUUCGUGAGCAUCUGACAGUGAAAAUUUGGUGGAGGCUGAUCUGCCUUCGUAUUUUCUCCAUCCAGGUUUAGUCACCUCUCAGGUGUAAUUACACAGACCUGUGCGGUCGAAUGACUGACAGAAUCCCCGAUGGCGCUGUGAAACAGGAGGUGAGGGGGAAGAAACUGGAGCCCUGGCCUGUGGGACUGCGUGAUUACUCUUGUACAUUUGUGGAUCAUAUGACCCCUCUCAUGACAUGCCGUCCUAGGGUUGUUGGAGUCGUGUGUUCUGGAGCGUAUCGAUGUAGCAAUAAUUUCAGUGUGGUGGAAUGUGAAUGCAGAUUUUAGAGAUCAUUUCAUGGCACGCUCAGUUAAACCGUGGUGUAAAGCCGGUGCUUCUGCUGCUUCAUGACUGCCGCUUACUUGACCUUAAAUUGUGUGUGCUUCUAUUGUGCACCGCGCAACAUAUCACAGUUGUUCUUUACUACAUUCAUAGUAAUACUUCUCAUCCCUUAAAAGUUUAAGAACUACGAAUAAGCUUUGAUAUGAAUCUACCUCCCUGAAUAACAGUAAUGCCAUAUUUAUGAAUGAAUAUCACCCUUAGUAAUAACAAUGUCAUUAUUAAUUCAAAAUUAAGGACAAUGCAACUGUAUAAAUAACAAACAAAAUGAUUUAUCAGCGUAAUUUGAGUCUUUUAAAUGAUCCUGAAUCUCUGCUUGAUGAGUGUUGAGUGAACAUGCAGAUUUGUUUGUUUUAGCAAAGAUAAUAUUGCAGAUUUCACAUCUAGACUUCUGGACUUUCUCCCUGAACCAGGGAGGAGACUGGGUUUGUUCACCACCCGACCACAAACCCUCUUCACUGAGUUGUUGUUUAUUUGUAAAGACAAGUUUAGAGCUCAAAGUGAGGUCACUGUGUGGAGCUGAACGGAGUUAACCAUCAUAAGCUUCAUUUGGUUUUGCCUCUUCCUUCUCUGUGGUCAAAAGUCUAGUUGGCCAGACACUCAAUGAGACUCUGAGAAGAGUGUUUUCUUUAUUGUUAUUUUAUUGAGUAAAUUUGGGAAGGCUCAGGCAAGAGUGUUGACUUAAAACUGUAGAGGGUAACUGUGUGAGUAAAUGAGAUGAAAGAAACCAGCAUUUUAUUAAUUCAAUACAUAGUAUUAUGAACCUGAGCCAGUGAGUCCUGUCCACAAAGGAGCUUUUGAACGAAGGAGUCCUUAACUCUGGAUGUCAUGCAGUGGCUAUCACUGAAAGUUGGGUGGUUUAAAAAAAAUGGCAGAAUAUAUUUAUUUUUUUAAAGACAGAUGAUAGGAGAUGUAAUUUAUAAAAAUGUCUAACUCACACGUUAUGGACAGGACGAAUGGGGGCAGAUAAACUACCUUCAAUGGCGGUGAGCCACAAAUGCAUGUGUGAAAAUAAACUUGACCUUGAGUGUUUAAGGGUCAAAUGUAUCGUGACCCAUGAAGCUGAUCUUUCUAUUUGCUUUUCCCAAAAAACAUCUGACGUGUGCAACACUUGCCCACGCACCAGCACCUCCAAAAUUCUUUCAUUUAUACUUGGCAGCGUGAGUGACUCGACUCAAACCUUCUUAGAAGACUCUGAAUGUUUAUCCUGCUGGCAUGUGGGCUGUGGAGAGAUUGGUGUUACGGCUGAAUGCUUUUACUCAGCUGGUGGUGUUUCGUGUAGGUAGAGGAGGUCGGGCGGCACUAAAAUAAGACGCGGAACCUGUCAGAGCAUCUUUUUAUAGGUCACAUGAUGCAGCUGGUGUUCUGAAUGAUUUGCUACCAUCACGUUAACAUCGUUUCCCCCUCCUCUUUUAUUUUUCCAUAAAAAGUCCUGACCUGUUUUCACACGUGCGUUUUCAUCAGUGGUGGCUUACGUACACGUCAAUGACCUAUUUUUAUAUUAGUCAUCUGCUACAAUGUGACAUAUGAACAUCAGCAUGUAGAGGAAUGUACAGCGGGUUUAAUAAUAAUUCACUUUAGCUGCCCUCCUCUGUAGACACUUUAAGACAGAAGUAGAUCAUACUUUUUAACCUGUGGAGGAUCAUAACCAUCUCUGAGCAAUACACUGACAGCUCCUGCUGUUUGGAGUUAAUAAUAACUCUCUGACUCACCUGAGGCCUUCAUGUGUGCUGUGCGUCUGCGUGUUUCGCUUGUGUGGGUCCUGAUGUCUGUCAGAAUGCCAUAGUGCCGUAAUCUCAACUGGUUCACUGUUCAAACUGUGGUUUGAACAGGAAUCGCUGUCCCUUCUAAACCAUAAGCUACUGCAACUUGCCCUUUGAACAUAUUAUGGCCGAAUCUAUGAUCUUACAAGCAGUGCAUAGUUAUUUUAGACAGGGCAGGUAGGUCGCCAGCAGCCAGUGUUCGUGUUGACAGGAGCGUGUGAGGUGGCUUUCCAGAUGAAUAGGGUCCAAUGGAGGACGGCUUAGCGCUCUGUCUCAUUGGUGUUCCAUUGUGAUGUCAUACUUUUGGGUACAAAGUGUUGUUGUUUGGGUUGCUCAUGUUCUUUUUCUGACCUGUUCAGAUGUUCUACGUGAGACUUGUAGAGAUUGUAUGUGAACACUUGAACUCAGAAGACCCUGCCUGUUAUGUGACGUGAAGUCCAUGGAGAAGUCUCUCAGUUCAUGUAUGCAAAGUACAAAACAACAUUAUGUUGUUUAAUUUUCUAUCAAAAACACACAGUUGUAAGUGUCAUCAAGACCCUUUUUAGAAUGUACAUGGGAACCUCACCGGCCCUUUUGUUGACAAGUAAACUGCAAUAAUGAAGAAGUCAAAUCUGAUUUAAGUAGUUUGCAGGUCUGUGUUAAUGAUGCAUGAGCGCCGGUAAAACGAGCCGCUGUAUUAUCUUUCACUGUUCCGCCUGACAUGCCAGCAAACAUGAGGAAUACAAUACAAAAAAAGUGGGAUUCACUUUACAUGUUGGAACACGGCGGAGUAGUUUCCAGGUCGAGAAGUUCGGGGGCAAGCGGUGCCUAGUUUCAGUAAUCAGGUUUAGCCAUGUUAAAGUAGCCGUGCAGAUACAGUACAUGUAAGCAAAACCACUGUUGUGGCGGAAAAGCACAGUCUGGUCUCAAACUCAGGUCCGCGGGGUAUCAAAGGGUCACUCGGCGAAACUGUCGUGAAGAGGUCUAGUAACCUAAGUAACUGGACUAGUAAUAAUCAAAGAAAAUGUUUCGCCUCCUAUCCAGAACGUUUUCUUUGACUACUACUAGUCCGGUUGACCUGAUUCAAGCCUUUGAUGCGUGAUAACUGAGCACUCUCACAAACAUUGCAAAUAUAAAAGAUGGUGGUUAAAAUAUUAAAAUCGUGGUGGAGUUUGUGGCUUUGAUUUUUUAGGUCCUGAAAUUCUGGGUUGUACAGAAAGACAGUAAUGGCAGCAUUAGUAUGCAUUAGUAUUAACUGUACGACGACCGUAGGAGUGAAGGAAAAAUAACUGCAGUCCAACUGAAUGCAGACGUUGUCAAUGCUCAGUACGAAGUCAGCUCAUACUCAGUCGUCGGCUCACGCCGUUCACAUCUGGGACUCGGCUUUCCUAGGCGCCGUCCUUCGAGGGAAUCUAGGAUUUUGGAACUUCAUUCAAUGUCUCUCAAAUCAGCACACAUCCAUCCAUAACACUUCAAUAGUUACUUAACUAAAGUUAAAAAUUGAAUUGGCGUCCUUGUGUAUUUCAAGUACACAGUUGUUUUUUACCUGAACAAGCACGUUUACUGCAAAUUUUUUUUUUUUGUGAAAAUCAAUAAAAAACCGGACAUUGGUUAAGUUUGCAUUUCAUUGAUGCUGCUUUGUAUUUACGCUUUGUUACGACCAGACUCUUAAACAGCUGCUAUUUUAGGUACCUAAGGACCCAUUUGCUCAAGGGACACUUGACUCUCUGCUUUGAAACAAUGCGAGUCAUCCACACAGCAAGUGAACACACGUCUGUUCAUCGUUGGUUUUAAAGAUGAGACGUCACGCUCGUCUGAUUCGCCCAUGUGUCUUAAACUGGAGCUGGGUCGGUCUGUGCUCUUGGCGUGCGCUGCUGUUGUGUUGGUGUGGUCACUUAUUAGCCUCAGUAGAGCAAUUGUGUUGUGAAGUGGACAAGGUAAUAACACUUUGAACCGUGUGAGGGUCGUGUUUAGGUCAUCUUCAGUGUCCGUGUUGACCGCCACCGCUAACCGCCGCCUCUGUCACCCGUGCUAUUCUUUUCUGUCUCUGUAUGUUUUUGUAAAAAAUAAAAGAAGACCAAAAAUAUUUAUUGACGUGUGAUUUAAAAUCUAUAAUAAAUUAAUAUGUUUUAUUAAAUGGACAUGCUUUUAUUUUGAAAAGCUGUUGUGUUUUCUAUCUGACAAGUAAUCAGUUAUAACAUGUAUCCCAGACUAAAUAAAGUUUUCC